ACAGUGAGUUUAGUUUUCGUAUGACUUCCUUUUAAAAUUGGGAAAUCAUAAAAUAAAACUGAUCUCUUUUGCUUCUAAAGACAAAUGCAAAGAUCUGUUGUGAUGUGUUCUUUCUUAUACAUUUUCAAGAGUGUUUCUAGUCCAUUGUAAUGAAUGACAGGGGUUUUAAAAGUAAUUAACACCCCACCACCAUGGGGUGUGGAGUGAGAAUGCGGCUAUGAAGAAAUUGUGUAAAUAAAUAAAAGAGACUAUGAUGUUUGGCUGUAGAGGGACUUUAUGCUCAUUAAGAGCCCAAAUGCUAUAGUUACAGUAUGUAUGGCUAAAGGAGCGAGAGUAAACAAUGAGAUUUCAUAGAAGGUGUGGUGACAGAGUCACACUUCUAAAUGACAACACCACAGCUGUAAGAAAUUUUGUUGAGUUCAAUCAUGGUUUGAUACUGAGCGCAGAACCCUUGAAGGAUGAUGUUAUGUUUGAAGUGUGUAUUGAUAGAAAGGUUAAUGUGUGGAAUGGAAGCCUUGAAAUUGGAGUUACCACCCUGGACCCGGAGUUCAUGGAACUGCCGGCAACAGCUACAAAAUUGAGGAAUACAGCUUGGAUAAUGUCUGGCAGUUCAAUCGUGAAGGAUGGUGUGACACUUGUUAAUUCCUAUGGCCCCGAACUCGACACACUCACCGAAGGAGACUGUGUUGGUGUUAUGAAAACAGCUAAGGGGGAGUUAUUGUUUUAUGUGAAUAGUCGAUGCCUCGGGGUGGCAGCUAAGGACCUGCCUACUAAACUGUUUGCCGUCAUAGAUUUAUAUGGACAGUGUGUUCAAGCUUCCAUCACUCAUGUACAUGGCAUGAGGCCUAUUAUGGAAACCAGUAUAGAUCAGUUGGAAGAGGACCCCAACAAUGAUGACACUUUAACAUCGAGUGACAUGGAUGUUGUGCCUCUCCCUCCUGACCUGUUGCAACCUAAGCCGUCUCAAGAUGUUUAUGUCCCGAUGACCUCCGAGGGUGCCUGUGCUCUUGUAGCACAGGAUCGUUUAAGGUUUCACCCAAGAUGUGGGAUACUUGUAAAAUUAUCAGCUAAUAAUAAAUCAGCAGAAAGGGCCAGGCCUUUGGAUGACUACAACAAUGCCGUAGUGAUGACGCACCGACCACUGUAUGACAACGAACUGUUUGAGAUACGCAUCGACAGGCUAGUCGACAAAUGGAGUGGUAGCAUUGAGGUCGGUGUAACAUCGCACAAUCCGGCAACAAUCAGAUUUCCAUCCACCAUGACAAACAUGGACUCUGGCACAAUCAUGAUGUCGGGGUGCAAGGUGCUCAUGAACGGCCACGGCAUGUGCAUGGAGUAUGGGAACUUCAAUCUUGAUGAACUGAGGGAAGGGGAUACCGUUGGUAUGAUGAGAAAGAGCACGGGCAAACUGCAUUACUUUAUCAACGGCGUGGACCAGGGCAUAGCCACAGAUAAAGUGGAACAACAAGUCUGGGGAGUUGUCGAUCUCUACGGCAUGACUGUAAAGGUCACAAUAGUGGACCCGUGUGAGGACAUGGACACGACCGUUACCAACGCGCCGGUCGUGCUCGGCGCUCCCGAGCUGCCUGCUCCGAGCAGGAUAAGACAAAGAUUAGACGAAGAUAGCCUUUUAUUUCAUACGCUGCGUGAUUCGAAUGUUAUUAUUAUUAAUGAUGGUAAGACUGCUCAUAGGCCUAAUGCUUUCGAAUACUUCAAUAACGGGAUAGUGAUGACGAAUCGCACACUGAGGACAAACGAACUGUUUCAAGUGCGUCUCGACCUGGUUAUCCCUAAGUGGGCCGGAAGCAUUGAAAUUGGGGUCACGCAGCAUUCUUCAAACGAUUUAUUAUUUCCAUACAAAAUGAGCAACGCAAAAUCUGGCACUUGGGCAAUGACCGGAGAAGACGUAAUUCGAGACGGGACCACCAUCAUACCGCAAUAUGUUAGGAAUCUCAACAGACUCGUGGAGGGAGACACGGUGGGAGUGAUGCGCAAGGACAUGGGCAUACUGCAUUUCUUUGUGAACGGCGUGGACCAGGGGCCCGCGGCCUUCAACAUACCCGACCACGUGUUCGGGCUCGUCGACUUGUACGGGCGAGUGGCGCAGGCGACCAUAGUGGAGGCGUACACGCCGCCCGCCGCUUACUCGCCGGAGUCUCCUCUCUCCACAGAGUCAAACGCUACUAUUUAUCCAGAGAUGUGCUUCCACCGCCUGCACGGGCGCAACGCGCGGCUGUCUCGCAGCCGGCUGACGGCGUCGCGCGCCACCGUCUACUCGGAGUUCAACGACGCCGUGCUGUUCAGCUCGCGGCCGCUGCGCGAGUGCGACAUGUUCGAGCUGCGCAUCGACAAGAUGGUCGACUGCUGGAUCGGCAGUCUGGAGAUCGGUGUAACCGCAAUCCGUCCGGACGAUCUCGAGGCGAACGGCGGCGUGGGCGCCAUAGCGGGCACCGCGACCGACCUCAACUGGGACACGUACAUCCUGAGCGGCGCCGCCAUGAUGAAGGACGGCGAGUGCGUGCGCAGCGGCUACCCGCUCGACCUGGACACACUCACCGUCGGGAGCAGAGUCGGCAUGAUGUGGCACGCGGACCGCAGCCUGCACUACUACCUGGACGGCAUGGACAUGGGCAAGGCGUGGUACGUGCCGCACCUUAACAUCUACGCCGUCGUCGACCUCUACGGACAGUGCACGCAGGUUACAAUUCUGCAAAACGAAGAAAGAGCUUUCAACUACAAUGGCUGCACUAAUUCCGAUAACUCUCUGUUGAGCAACUCCAGAGCAUUGUCGUCGCCGCCGCCGCCAUAUUGGAGUUUCUCGGAGUACUGCGGCGACAACAUCUGCAUAAUGCACGACUACUCGUUCGCGCGCCGGCUCACGCCCGACCCUGCCGCCGCGCUCGUCUUCAGCUCCGCCCACUUGGCUGUAGGCGAGAUAUUCGAGGUGAAGAUCGUGGAGUGCAAGUCGGGGUACGCGGGCAGCUUCCGCAUGGGCGUGACGGACAUCAACAUCCUCAAUGUCCACGUGAACCGCAGCCUCCCCCCAACCGUCGCUCUGCUACCACACUACACUGCCUACAUAGACGGUAAAUACAUGAAGUACUCGCGUCAGAACGAGAAGGAGCACUCGCUGCGGUCGUUCGUGCCGUCGUUCGAGUGGCUGCGGCCCGGCGACCGCGUGGGCCUCAAGAAGACCAACGACGGCCGAGUGCUCGUCUACUACAACUCCGAGCUGCUCGAGACCGCCUUCGAGAACGUUCCCGAUAAAGUAUACGUGGUGAUGGAAAUAUUCGGUCACGUGACAAAGAUCCAAGCAGUGUCCAAAGGAGCGAACGUGGGGACGGCGCUGCCUCAACACACCAUUCCGAACGACGAGUACGUCAAGCCGCCGUCUCUGAGCGCCGCCGCCAAGCACGCGACCAACGCGAGCGUGGCUCAGUCGGCGCAGAACAACGCUAACAACGAAACUGCAGCACAGGCCCAAGUGGAAGUGACGGAGGACGCGAACGAGGAGUCGAGCCACUCGAACGACGUAGUGUCGUCGAACGUGGAGUUCGUGUCGGGCGCGCUGGCCGCCAGCAACGACACGCUGACCGUGCCCACGGAGACCUCCACGCUCACCGUCGUGAGCGCCGACUCGCGCCGCCGCCGGAACCCCCUGCCCUAUACAUUCCAUUACGUGCAUGGGAAGAAUAUCAAGCUCUGUAGCUCAGAUACCGUGGCAAUGCGUACAUCAGGAUACAAAGACGGUAUCGCCAUUGUCAGCCAACCACUUCGGAGGGGUCAUAACUUUAGGUUCCGCGUGGACAAGGUGGGCGGCGACUGGUCGGGCAGCAUCUCGCUGGGCGCGGUGGGCGCGCUGCCCGCCGACUCGCUGCCGCCCUGCGCCAUGCACCUCGACCCGCCCAUCUGGGCUGUCACCAGCGACCUGCUGCACGACAACGGGACCUUCAAAAAGACUCAAAUGGCAUCUGCGUUCGACGAGCUGACCGAGCAGUCUGUGCUGACGAUCCACUUCCGCUUCAACAGCGAGCUGGUGGUGGACGUGGACGGCGGCGUGGUGGGCGUGGUGGGCGUCGUGCCGCGCGCCUUCAGCCACGUCUACCCGCUCAUCGACCUCUACGGCCGAGUGCACCAGGUAUCCGUGCUGCUUCAUCCGACUGUGGUGGCGAGCGGCGCCUCCCUGGACCUACCCAUCAUCGCGGAGAACUUGCGCGAGGAGUCACUCGCCGAGCUCGAGCUGCUCGACGACGACGAAGACGACGAUAAGAUGCCCAAACUCACUCCCGAAACUCCCGAAAUACAUCCCAAACGCAAAGCCAAAGCCUACAGUCAUGACAACCUCACAGGGGACUCUUCAGAUCCCCUGUACUCUCAACCCGGCCCAAGCACCCAUCCCGACCCGCCAACGCACAGUCUUCCAAACGAAAACGACGCCAAAAAUAAGCAAAUCAAAUGCAGAAAAGUUUGCACCAACCGCACCGCUCUUCACCAAAGCUUGAUAAUAACGCCCACUCCCAUCGAUAACAACGAGUCCGCAAAUCGAUGCAUACAAAAAAGUCACUCUACGCAUAGUUUUUGUCAAUUGCCGGAUGAGAAUAAUUUAGAGGUGGACAAUAAGGACACGGUCAGACUCACGUUCAGCGCGACGAGCCGGGCGGGCGAGGAGCCGGGCGCGCCGGUCGGCUGCUGCGACACCAACAUCCGCCACAACGACCGCUACCCCGAGGCCAGCGACGUCGACAGCCUCGACACCGAGAUCAUGGACGCACUAGCGCUCGAGACCGGCAACUUGCCGGAUCUCACCGAGGAACACUCCUCUUCCAUCGACGAAUCUACUCGCCGCGACGACCUGUGGAUGGAAUCUCUCUCCGUCGAGAAUCUCAAUUACUUGAAUCGGAUACUUUGUCUGGACCAGCAGGGCUCGGAGGGGCAGAGUCUGGAGGCGGAGUGGGAGGCGCGGGGGGAGAGCUGCGAGCACUUGCACGUGGUGCUGAAGUACUGGCAUUUCCUGGUGUUGCCCUAUCCCGAGUUGCGGCGCGCCGUGUCCAGCGGUCAGCUGCGCUGCUACUGCCGUAACUGCCAGCCGGAUGCCCCAUCACCUUUGGCAGGAUGGGUGCGCAUCGAGCGCGCAGAGGGCGGCGGGCCCCGCGCGUACUGGCACGCGGUGCGCGCCGUGCUGGGCUCCGCGCAGGUGUGCGACGGCGCGGGCCCGGCGCGCCGCCCGCGCUCGCUCGCGCCCGCGCCGCGCGCCAACCACCCCAACCACGACAUAUGGUUUGAUGAAGAAGGGAAACCUCACCACACAGUUUUGGCUAUUGAAAUUGAUGUAGAAAGUCCAGACGCCACUCGAGACCGCCUAUUGGCGUUCCUGAUAUUUCUGAAAUCUCACUCUGUCCAGCACAACGACGACAACCCGCCGAGCCUCGAUGACUAACCACGCCGAUCUCCACAAUCUACUCAACGUACAUAUUAUAUAUGCGAUAUUGUACAUUAUUUUUAAGGGGCACAAAAGGUUGUCAUAUAAGUAUUAAAUGAAACUUAACGAGACGUCAGCCGUCUGUAUAUUAGCGAGUAACAUGUGUUAGGUAUAAUGUUAUGGUCAAACUUCUCCAUCUUACAGAUUCACCUGUACACGUGCUUUACUAGUCUUAUUAUUUUAUAAGCACUUUUGUGAUCUCAGUCUACUGACUAAGUUAUCUUUUAUAUUAUUUAUUAUUUCGAUGUUUGUAUUAUUCAUAGUUAUUUAAAUAGAACGAAAAAUAAGUAUAUUUAAGAGGGUGAGGCUGAGGGUGCGCUCACACCGAAUAAACGUUUUUAAUGUCAACAAGUAUUUCUGUCAGAACUGCCAGCAAGCUGAAGUAUUUUUUAAGGUGGGGCGUAAAGCCAAGACAUUAUAAAGGAACAUAAAAUACGGCGCGCCGCGCGAAACCUAAGACGGGAGAAUAGACAUGGCCAUCAUUGCGCGGGUUUUUAACAUUUUACCUCAAUAUCUCUGAAAAUAUACUUUUGUUUAAAAUUUCGCUCGUCCUUCGGGUUCGGUCCUUCGAGUAUAUCGCUAGCUAUUUUAUACUUAAACUAUACUGCUGACGCUGUGGUAAUCAGGGUAAUUAUGCCUAUACCUACAAUUGGACAUGUCAUGUUUAUUUUUCUAUCAGUAAGUCAACCUAACUUUAGGUUUUGCAUGGAGUCUGCCCUUGCAAAUAUAUAUAAUCUAGUCUCCGUGUGAUUUUUUAAAAUAGUAUUUGGCUUUGUAAAAACGUGUGAAUAAUUAUUUUCCAUCGUAUUUUGACGGAAACGUACGAACGAGUCUUGCUAUUUCAGUUAGUCUCGGUACAAAAAGUACUGAGUUUGACAGAAGUAGCAAGACAAAUACGAACGUUUCUACUACAUCUGGAUCAAUUCAAUAUAAAAACUACAUUUGCGUUAGCCCCAUCUUAAAAAUGCUUCCGCUUUUAUAAGAUGUAGAAAGCAGGCCCGUUCUAUAAUUAUUGUCCAAUGAAACAUAUUAAUGUGUUACUAGGGACACAGUUCUUUGCUAUUUCGCUGUAAUAAGUACUGAUCAAUUGUCGAGGCGUGUUGUAAGUAUAAGACCGAGACUUGACGUCCGGGGUAGGGUGUGAGCGCAACUGGCCCAUAGUAAACGGAAUGAGCCAAGCGGGAUGCUGUUCGAUAGCCAAGAUUAUUGUAAUGUGAUACUGAUAAUUUUACGUUGUUAGGGAACUUCCGAUGUGCUGACCUCCUAUACUGGCUGGCCUUGUCUCACGCCCCUUGUUGCUUGUCUCCUCACACUUUGUGAGUUCAAGUACAGUUUCCUCAAAGCCAGUUUAAAGUCAAACAAAAAAAUCACUUUGGGUCGGAAGCUACGCUACAGGCCGCUUAGCCAAGAUGCCAAUCGCUUACGCUCCGUAGUGAUCGAAACGCAACUGUCACUGUCGCACUAAUAAGGAAGAGUGAUAGAGAGAUAAUAUAAAGCUUUUCGUUGUCGAAGCGAUAGCGAUUGUAACCUCGGCCGGCAGGUUCGAAUCUUGAACGUAUUCUCAACUUCCACAUUUAUUUGAGAGAUUGUUAAGUAACGUGCUUGCUUUUCUAUGUUGCAACUGUUAGAAUAUCGAUACAUGUCUGUAAUAUAUUAUAGUAUAAUAUUACUUAAGUUUACUCGAGCUUCACUGAAUUGCAAGACAUGAUUAACUGAAUUUAUUAUGCACCCGCAUUCUCUGGUUGUUUAGUUUCUUCUGCACCUAGGACUGCGAAAUGUAGUAUAAUCAACAACAGUAUGGUAUCAAGCGCGUUGAUCCUAUGAAUGAUCCAUACUUCUUCAUACAGUUAUUGCCUGUAAAAUAUUCACGUAUAACGUAGAGGUAGCUAUAACUUAAAAAUCUAUUUUUAGAUUGUCAAAUUUUCACUUCAAAUCAAACUGCCGUAAGACGAUUACUGUUUAGGCACGUGUCAUAUAAACCUUCCAAGAUAUUUUUGCGAGAUCACAUUUACUCUCCUGGUUAAGCUCCGUACGAGGUGUAUUGUUCGGGUCAUUAAAGUCGUUUAAAUAAACAUUUAAAAAGAAUCCUUUUCGUUUCCAGGUUUCUUAACCCUUUAAUAUCAACCGUGCGCCGUGCAUCUCGAGAAGGUUCACGAUGACGCGUUUAUUAUAUUCAAAGAUGUUAAAACAAUUGAUGUAACUUAGGGCCUGGGGGCCGAGUUUUGAAUUUCGACCACUCGAUUUCGUGCAUUUUGUUAAAUAAUAUCUCCAAUACUAGGCACUUAAAUUCUGUUAAUAGAAUUGAAAUCGAGUGCUUAAUACCACUAGAUUCUAAAUUUCGAUCGCUCGUCUUCUAAAAAUUUGCAUUUCGCCGUUUUCCACCGACUUUCGAGUGACGAAAUCGCUCGAUCGAAAUUCAAAAAUCGGCCCCCUGUACAGUCGGACUGUAACUUGUAUGGAAACUGCACGCCGACGUUGCAGUUGGUGUGCAGUCGGCGUGCAGAUCCCAUACAAAUUUCUGUUAUGUUAAAGUCGGUCUGUAUCGGCCCUUCACUAUAAUACCGUUUCAAAAUUAAUACGUAUGUAUGACCGGCGUAAUACAUUGAAUAUCCGCACUAACUGCAUUAUAAAGUUUAUAUGAAACAAAGCAAUUACUAAAACAUAAGAACUUGCAUUUAACGUAUAUUCACAAUAAGGAAUUCGUUAUAAAUAUUAGAAAAGAAGAAUGAGCUUAUAUAAUAAUCCUACAAAAGUGGAUUGCAGCUUAAUUGACUCAUAAUACUUGUAUUUUUCAAUAGAAGAAACUACAUUAAACAAACAAACCUACAAUGAUACUUUUGAACGUCGUGAUUCUAUAACUUGGUUGUAAAUAUAUCGAAUUACUUAUACGCAAUGUUUAAAAUAAUGAAUCAAAUCAAAAUGUUUUCACUAGACUCCUAUAAUACGACGGCACACCGUCUUAAACGUAAGUAGAUGUGAUAAUUAAAAUAUCCUCUUGUGAUAUAUUUUUAUUCACUAAUAUACCAAUAUAUAAAUAAGACUAACGGAGUAAAGUUAUAGAGAAAAGAAUUUAGUGUUGAGGAGUUAUAUUUGAAAAUGUGGUUAGUCACAAUCAGUGUACCUAUACAUAUAUUAAAUAUGCUUUUAGAACUAUCGCUUGCGCAGUGUGUCUGCUUCAGAAUAGCGAAUGUUUGAGUGAAUUUUGUCCUGCAACAUUUGAGUUCUGCGUAUAUGGGUUUAGUUCUGUAUUUCAAUCUCCCGGCUAUAUAGUAAGCUAUUUGGCAUGUAUAAUUUAUGAACAAAUAAACGAAUCUUACUACCA